AAAAGUGCUUACAUUUCAACAUAGAUAAUCCUUCUUAUUUGCUUGACUAUACCAACUCCAGCAUUUCAUCACUAAACCACUACCACAUCAUCAUUCCAUAUUCCUUUAUAUAUAAACCUAUACAGUCAAGUCAAUAAUCAAAUCAAUCAUACCUAUCUAAUUAACUUUGAUCAUUUUUCAUCUCUUGUGACUCUUAUUUGUUAUUAACAUUCCAUAUUCAGCAUUUAGAAAACAUGGGUGUACUUGAAAUCAUUAUAAAGGUAUCUUUUAUGGCUAUGUUCAUCAAAUUGGCCAUGGCUACAAAUCACAUUGUUGGAGGACCAAAUGGUGGGUGGGAUACUAGCACAGACCUUCAAACAUGGGCAUCAUCCCAACAAUUUGCAGUUGGAAACAAUCUCACUUUUCAGUAUUCACCAAACCAUAAUGUGGUUGAAGUUACAAAAGCAGAUUAUGACUCAUGCCAACAAACUAAUCCAAUUCAAUCUUACAAUGAUGGUGCCACAACCAUCACUCUCACAUCACCAGUGAAAAGAUACUUCAUUUGUGGAACUAUAGGACAUUGCAGCCAAGGAAUGAAGCUUGAAAUAGACACACUAGCCAUUCAAAUUUCUCCUGCAGCAUCUCCUUCACUACCAGAUUCUCCAAUGACUUCCAUCACUCCUUCUUCAGCUCCAGAAGAAUCUACUUCUUCAGCUCCAGAAGAAUCCACUUCUUCACCUGCAGAAUCUCCUGAAGCACAAAGUCCAUUGUUUGAAACAAAUGUGGAAAGUCCUUCAUUCUCUCCACUCAUUCCUUCCACUGAAUUUACAGCUCCUGUCUCUCCUCUAGCACAACAUUCACAGGACACAUCGGCUUCAUCGACCGAGAAGGAAUAUCUACAAGCCUCUAUUUCAAUAUUGUUGUGUUUUGUAGUGGUGUUUAUGGCCUUCUAAGGAUGAGAAAAAACUCAGUCAAAUCAAACAUUGCUAUUGAGUCUAUUUGGUGUGAAAAUUUGUUUUUGGUGUGUCUUUCUUAGUUACUGUUGUGUGAUAAGCUUCGGUGAUUUGAUAUUA